AUGGACAGGGAAGCCUUAAGAUGCAGGGUGCUUACCACUCUUUCCAAGUCGUCGUUGUUCCGAUUCAUUGAAAACAUCCUAGAAGAGGGCAAGGUGAAUUCCAUGGCAGUCAAUAUCACAGAAUAUUUAUUAAACAAUAAGUACAGCAGAGAAAGAGCUCAGCAACAUAUAUCAGACUACUUGGAAGACGAGCUCGAGAGGUCAGGGAUAGACCUAGACGAUAGUGUCGACGGUGUCUCCCUGGCCAUUCUAUUCGUAUACGAAGAGCUCCUUGAAAAUAAGUCAGAAUUCUUUUUGAAGAUUGAGGAAAAGGCUGGCCAUACCAUUCCUCUUUCCGACUCCGACGAAUGA